GCAGCCUGAUCCGAUCUCGGAGGACGGGGUGCUCGGGGCUGUGUGAGCCCGUGCGGCUGAUAGUCUAGUCUCUAUUCAACAGUCCACAUCAUAAUGGCUCAUAAUGGCCCAGUAUCAAUCAUGUCGGAGCCAGCGGGGUCCUGUUUGGGUUUAGCCUAUUGCGCGGCCGAGGCCUUGCCUGUUUCCUUCUGCUCUUUUCGUCUUCAUGUAGACUGGAGCCGCGCAGAUGGACCAAAAUCUAUCCCUUCAUUGGCCUCGCGCACCUGCCACAUCAUGACGGCUGAGUCAUUCAUUGUCGUUCAUGCUAACUACAGCAAUCUGCUUUUGACUCGUUCAACAUCACAUUCAUAACACCAACACAUGCAAUUAUGUCCCGCGCGGAAGUACAAAGGAACAUGGCAACGAACUAUUUACACACUAGUGUGCGAACACCUCAAUCCAAACCC